AUGAGGUCUCUCAAAUGGUUAACAAUUGAAUACGAGGACAACAAAAACAGAGACGGUGGCAAGAACGAAGAAACCAAAUCAAAGAUCCAUAUGGAUGUUAGAGAUGAUGCUACCGACUUGUUAUGCACCAAAAACAAAACCGUAAACUUCAUUUCAAUCUUUGGCCCGGCAAGAAUGGGUAAAUCGACCAUGAUGAAUAUGUUGGCGGGUGUAGAUGAUUAUAGUGACGAAAUAUUCAGGAGCUCUUGCGACAUGGAAACAGUGGCGACAGGAGUUGAUAUUUCUGAAGAAUUCAUGACACUUAGAGAAUUUUCAAAGUUAAAUGGUAACCAGGAAGUUGACAGCGAUGUUUUAAUUGGGUUCGUAGACACAGAAGGACAAGGCAACAAUGUUAAAGACAAACUUCUAGAGUGCAGAAACGAGCCGGGAGAGAAAGAACGCAACACUAUCCGCAAACUAUUAGUUGACACUUUUGAAAGCAUUAAUGUGUGGCUCUUUCCGCAGAAUGGCACUCAAAAAAACCAAGAAAAUUUGCUAUUUAAUGAUUUCAGCGAUGAUUGGAAAAAAACAUUUAAGGAUAUGCGUAAAAUAUUCUCCGAACAAUUAAGUGUUAAUGGACCAAAACAUGGUUCUGAUCAUCCGUGGACCGGUCGGGAUAUUGCUGAGUUGACUAAAAUUCUGUGCAAGACUCUUAUCGAUGAGGAAUCUUUCACAAUCUCUUCGAUCUUUGAGAGAAUGCAAAUCGCUCGAGGAAAGAAAGGAGCGGAUGCGGUUCGUGAGAAACUCCUUUAUCUGACGGACACCAAAAUUGCUGAAGAAAUCCCCACUCCACAAAACGAGCUUAAUAAAUGGUUUCAGGACCGGUUUAAUGAAUUGCUGGAAAUGUUUGAGAAUGACAUUGAGGGCUUGUCACUAUAUAGAACACGUGAACUGAAGGAGAGCCUGGAUAUCGAGUAUUACUUGUCGAAAGUAAUAAUACGCUUUCCUACGAAAGAAUGUGAACUUGAGCCCUUUUUAGACAGCAUUUUUAACUCAGUCAACGACAAUUAUCGCAAAUAUUUAGUUACGUUUGAUGAUGACAUCUUGAAAUCCGAGGGUACUGAAAAGAUAGAUAAGCUAAUUGACUCGAAAUUUCAAAAGUGGAAAGAUCACAAUAAAAAUGCCAGGAUUGUUCAAGCUAACGUGUUAAGUGAAAAUGCACGAAAUAGAUUUUAUUAUUCGCUCAUGGCAAUGUAUCCGGAAGAAGAAAUGAGAGUAUGCGAUAACGAAGAUAUUGACGCACGAGUAGAAGCCGAAAUAAAGAGUUUUUUUCAAAAGUUGAAAUCUGAAGAUUUUCCUAACCCUAUAAUAAAAGAUAUUUCUACCAUCCAUGGUUCUGAGAUCCGCAGCAUAGCAAGUAAAGUAAAGCAGCGUGGAUAUCAAAUUCAUGAGAAAAUUCGAGAAAAGCUUGCAAAAGAGGUGAAUAACUUUCAAACGCAUUUUUUUGAAGAGGCACAAAUGUUCUCUGACAGCACCAGACAAUGUGAGGUUCCGCUUUUCAGAGAGGACCUUUUUAUGUUUUAUGAAAAGCUAGUUCAAACGCUUUUAAGUAAUUUCAAUGACGCUAUCAAAGACCUUCCAAAAGAUCUUGUACAACAUCACCGAGUAGAGCUCGAGAAUUUUUGCAGAAGUCAGCGAGAACUGCUUGAAGCCGAAAAUAAAACUAAAAUUAUUAGUUUUGCUCAAAGACAGAUGCAUGAUAACUUGGAAAUAUCUGCGAAAAAACUAAAAUGUCGCCUACCAAUGAAAGAAGAUCAACUCAAUUCUGAGUGGUUUGAAAUAUUGAUACAAAGCAAGAAUAUUUACUUGGAUCAUAUUGCCUCUUAUUACAAUCAGGACAACGAAAUAUCUCAAGACGAGUUACGUGAUUUGGCACCCCCGCUUUUGGAAUCAUUAAAAAAAAAUCAAUAA